AUGGAGGCAGUGGCUGGUGGUCGGCUAUCACUCCCCUGUGACAUCACAUCGCCCAUCUCUGAUGAUGAGGUCUACUUGGUCCUCUGGUAUAAAGACGAAGUGGCCACUCCCAUUUACAGUCUAGAUGCCAGACGGGGUCCUCUGGGUCAAGCCAGGCACGCGACAAACGAGCAGCUAGCUGGAAGAGCCUAUUUCAGUUCAGUUCCACAGCCGGCAGUUUUGGAGAUUGAUAGAGUGUCCUUGGAGGACGAAGGUCUUUAUCGAUGCCGAGUGGAUUUUAGGAAGGCGAGGACGCAACAUUCUGCCCUCAUCGUUUCUGUUGCAGUUCCCCCAGGAGUUCCCAUUAUAAAGGAUUACAAUGGAAAAAUGCUGAGUGGAGUGAUCGGCCCUUUCAGCGAAGGUGACAGUUUGCAUCUGAUUUGCGAAGCUGAAGGAGGCAAACCUACACCGUCUCUCGUCUGGUGGCGCAGUCGGAGAGUUGUCGAUGACAGCUACGAAGUAUUGGAGCAAGGGAUUACAAGAAACGAGCUUUUUAUCGAAAAACUACAGCGACGAGAUCUAAUGGCCACUCUCACUUGUCAGACAACCAACAACAAAAUAUCGCCGCCCUUAGAAGCAUCUGUGACUCUGGAUAUCCACUUCAGACCACUUUCUGUCAGCGUGAAGGGAAAACGAAAACGACUGUCAGCCAUGAAGACAGUCCAGUUUGAAUGUGAAGCCAAAGGAUCUCGUCCACCGGCUGUCAUUUCUUGGAGAAAAGGUAGCUACAAGUUGAAAAAUGCAGUGACCAGAGUAUCUGCACAAGGCAAUGUCACCACCAGCACACUGACUUUCACCCCUACCAGUGAUGACAAUGGAAAAUUCCUCUACUGCCAAGCGGAUAAUCCAGCCAUACCGGGAAGCGCUAUUGAAGAUGGUUGGAAACUAGAUGUACACUAUGUGCCCCAACUCAACCUCCGCCUGGGCAGCAAACUUCGUCAUUCAAACAUCGUUGAAGACAUGGACGUGUACUUCGAAUGCAACAUCCGGGCCAACCCUUGGGUGACGGAGACUGGGUGGAGGUUCGAGGGGUUGGAUUUACAUAACAACGCAUCCGCAGGCAUUGUCCUGAGCAAUCAAUCACUGGUGCUCCAGAAAGUCAAUCGCAGCCACAGAGGGAGGUACAGCUGCACCGCCAUCAACAACGAAGGUCAAGGCGAGAGCAAUCAUGUUUACCUAAGGGUUCAGUAUUCGCCCAUCUGCAGGCCGGAUCAAGAGACCACAUUCACGGCCGUGAUAAAUCGUCCAGUCCAAAUCCAGUGCGAAGUAGAAGCGGACAUGGAUGACGUAAAUUUCCGCUGGGAAUUCAACGGCACUUCUCCUGGAGGGGACGUGCAGGUCAUCUCAGUUCCAGGGACAACUACAAAAAGCGUGGUAAAUUACACACCCAGAUCGGAAAGCGACUUCGGAACGGUAUAUUGCUGGGGGACGAACAAUGUGGGAACUCAAAGUAAUCCAUGUGCCUUCUUCGUCAUUCCAGCAGACUUUCUUGACGAAACAUGGAAUAACAGUCGUCUCUCAUCCUCUCUACUCUUCAGAUAUGGCUCCUUGCGACUUCUGGUUAUUUCUGGAAGUGAAGAUAACAUUGAAAGGAUCCUGUUUUGA